AUGAACGAUACCACCGCACAGGGCUGGAUUGGCGAACCUGACGGUCGGGGAACGUGGAGUAUCCUAUCCACCUGUAUCCUCACAAUCGUUCUCUGUUGCUGGACAUCCAUGUCCCCAAAUUUACCUGCCAAAUCCGAUGGCAAGUUCAAGAUCUGGAGAUAUAAAUUCGAUCUUGCUUUUAUGACGGUUCUCGGGUCUGAAUUCGUAUUGAUGGUGGCUCUGGGUCAAUGGUCAUCCGCACGUUAUUCACUUAAGAAAUUCCACAAGGCUGGAUACGAGGACUGGACUAUCCAGCAUGCCUUCUUCGCCAAUAUGGGGGGAUUUUUAGUCGAGCCCCCGGAAAUAGACCUACCUUCGUUCCCAUUGGAUGCGGAGCAGCUCUAUACCCUAGUAAGGGAGGGUUAUGUCGACUAUCCUAUCUUACAGGAGGAGGAAAUUGAAGAUAAGAGCAAAUCAGGUGGACUAGCUAGAUUGUUCACAGUAGCGCAAGCCCUCUGGUUCACGUUAAACUGUGUCACUCGAUUUGCCCAGGGUAUUUUUGUUACCACUCUUGAGCUCACCACUCUGUCCUUCGUUCUAGUCUUCAUAAUAACAUCCUACUGCUGGUAUCACAAACCUAUGGAUGUCAACCGACCAAUCACUUUGAAGCUCAAUACCUCUGUAGCUGCAAUUCGGAGAAAUCACCACCGAGGCCCCGAAUCGAAGUGGUAUGAGACACCAUUUGAAUAUCUCUCACGGGAUGAGUGGUUUCUUGCUCGAUUUUGGAGAUACUACAUUCAGAUCCUACACUACAUGCAUAUACCGCUAGUAACUCAGCCCCAACGACGACCAUAUGAUCGCAUUCCAAGUCAUUACUUGCUAAAUGUUGACAUAACGGCUGAGGUGAUCGCUACCCCGACAAUUGUUUUUUUCAGUGCUAUGUUUCUUAUUGCCUGGAAUUCUCAUUUCCCUACCGCGGCUGAGAAAUUACUUUGGCGUAUUGCUAGUGUGAAUAGCAUAUCCUAUGCGUUGAUUGGAGGGCCUCUUUCGCUAUAUUUUCAGAAAACCCUGUUUGAAGCGAAGAAAAAAGAAGAAAGAGCACAAGCUAGGUUGAACCGGAAACGAGCAGCCAGGGGAUGGAUCGAUCGUUUUACUACGAAGCUCAGAAAUAUUCAUCCUGAUCAGGAUCCUGAGUUGGAGAUUCCUCUUCGCGCGUUGAUUCCAAUUUCCUUGCUGUGUGCCUUAUAUUGCGUAGGUCGAGGGUUUAUCUUGACGGAAGACUUGAUUGGAUUGAGGAGUUUGCCAAAGAGUGCUUUUCAGACGGUUACUUGGUCAAGAUAUGUACCUCACUGGUAG